AUGAUCGCUUCUUUCUUCGUUAUUCUCGCAUCCGGUUAUAUUUGGUCUAUUGUGAUGGUUAUGAUUAUUACAGUCUUAGUUUAUAGGGAAGUUAUUCAAAUUGCACAUUAUUCUGCAAAGGGUAAUCUAAGUUGGUUCAAGACAAUGAGUUGGUAUUUUUUGAUUGCAACUGAAUAUUUUUUAUAUGGUGAAUCUAUUAUAUAUUACUUUAAAGAAAAGGUAAUGGUUGACGCGUUUUUAUUACCCUUUGCAACACAUCAUAGAUUUAUUAGCUUUACACUUUACGUCAUUGGUUUCGUAUUUUUUGUUAUGAAUUUGAAGAAAGGACAAUAUCGAUCUCAAAUGUCUCAAUUUGGCUGGACACAUAUGGCCAUUUUCUUGAUUGUAUUCCAAGCUCAUUUUAUUGUGGAUAAUAUCUUGGAAGGUUUAAUUUGGUUCGUAUUACCAGCUGCUUUAGUUGUUUGUAAUGAUAUCUUUGCAUAUGUGUGUGGUUUCUUUUGGGGAAGAACACCUCUUAUUCAAUUAAGUCCUAAAAAGACAGUUGAAGGCUUUGUGGGUGGUAUGAUUAUCACGCUUGUCUUUGGCUUUUUGUUAACAACUGUCUUGAUGCGAUUCGAUUAUAUGACUUGCCCCGUUCAAGACCUUGGCGCCUCUGCUUGGUCAAAUGUGUCUUGUGAGCCAAAGAACCCUGUCUUUUAUGCUGUACCAUGGGAACUUCCUUCUUUAAUUCGAUAUAUUAUUAAAUAUCUAUUUAUGACAGAUAUUACCGAAGUUUGGAUUGCACCUGUUCAAUUACAUGGUAUCGUGAUGGCUUGCUUUGCUUCACUUAUUGCACCUUUUGGUGGAUUUUUUGCUAGUGCGGUUAAGAGAGCAUUUAAGAUCAAGGAUUUUGGUCAUAGUAUUCCUGGUCAUGGUGGUUUAACUGAUAGAAUGGAUUGUCAGUUUUUAAUGGGCUUAUUUGCUUAUAUGUAUUAUCAAAGCUUUAUCAAGAUGUAUAAUGUCUCUGUAGGCAGUAUUUUAGCAUUAGUGAUUAAUAAUUUAUCAGCUAAAGAGCAAGUUGAAUUAUUAGAAAGUCUUCAAACUUAUUUAGCUAAUCAAGAUCAGUUGGCUAGUCAAAUCGAAAACGUACUUUCAAAGGCUCAACACUUAUUAAGUGGAACUAUUUAA